AAAGAAUCAACCUUACGCACUUACACUUAACAUACGUCAUAAGAGAAGCUGGUCUUUAAUAAAUAGUGCGGUAGUGGGCACCGUUCUUCCUCAGUUCAGGAGAUCACGCAACUUACGUACUUUCUGUGACUACGCAGACCAAAAGACUUCCGAAGAUGACGUACCAGUUCCCCUCUCUCUCUCCGGAGCAGAAACAGGAGCUGUCCUCCAUCGCCCAGCACAUCGUUGCUCCAGGGAAGGGCAUCCUGGCUGCUGAUGAGUCUGUGGGUACGAUGGGUAAAAGGCUCCAGAAGAUAAAUGUAGAGAACACUGAGGAGAAUCGCCGCUGUUUCAGAGACCUCCUCUUCUCUGUUGAUCCCUCCAUCUCUGAGAGUAUUGGAGGGGUCAUCUUCUUCCAUGAGACGCUGUACCAGAAAUCGGACAAGGGUGUACCAUUCCCCCAGCUCAUCAAAGACAAGGGCAUUGUGGUGGGCAUCAAGGUGGAUAAAGGAACAGCCGUUCUAAAUGGGACGGACGGAGAGACCACGACGCAGGGUCUGGAUGGACUGUCGGAGCGCUGUGCACAGUACAAGAAGGAUGGCUGCGACUUUGCCAAGUGGCGCUGCGUGCUGAAGAUCUCUGCCAGCUGCCCCUCAGCCCUCGCCAUCGCUGAGAACGCCAAUGUGCUCGCUCGCUACGCCAGCAUCUGCCAACAGAACGGUCUAGUUCCCAUUGUGGAGCCUGAGAUCCUGCCAGAUGGAGACCAUGAUCUGCAGCGCUGCCAGUACAUCACAGAGAAGGUCCUGGCAGCUGUAUACAAGGCCCUGUCUGAUCAUCACAUAUACUUGGAGGGCACCCUGUUGAAGCCCAACAUGGUCACUGCUGGGCACUCCUGCCUCAGGAAGUACACCCCCCAGGAGGUUGCCAUGGCAACGGUAACCGCCCUCAGGCGCACCGUGCCCACCUCUGUCCCAGGGAUCUGCUUCCUGUCUGGAGGGCAGAGUGAGGAGGAGGCCUCCCUGAACCUGAACGCCAUAAACCAAACCCCGCUCCACCGCCCCUGGAAGCUCAGCUUCUCAUACGGACGUGCCCUGCAGGCUUCUGCCCUCGCUGCCUGGCAGGGCAAGGCAGCAAACAAGCAGGCUGGACAAGAGGCCUUCUUCACUCGUGCCAAGAUCAACGGUCUGGCUUCCAAAGGAGAGUACAAGCCCUCAGGCCAGGCUGACCAGGCUGCCACCCAGUCACUCUACACUGCCAGCUAUGUCUACUAGACUCUAGACACACACACACACACACACACAAAAACAAACAC